ACCGCCCCCCGUCCCAUUGAACCUGCCUGUCGAUGAGCGCCCUCCGUGUCCGCUUCGCACCCAGCCCGACGGGCUCCCUGCACCUGGGGGGCCUGCGCACGGCCCUAUUCAACUUCCUGUCGGCGGAGAAGAGCCGCCGGGCGUCGGCCGGCUCGCCGGGCGCCGCGCUGCCGCCCUCCUUCAUCCUGCGCAUCGAGGACACCGACCGGACGCGCUUCGUCCCCGGGGCCGGGGAGCAGCUGGCCCGGUCGCUGUGCUGGUCGGGACUCGUGCCGACCGAGGGCCCGGGGGAGUUGCUGGUGGCGGCGCGCGAGGCCGCGCGCCAGGCGGCGUCCAGCGCACCGCUGGCGCCGGAAACAGCGGCGCCCCACUGGCCGGCCGAGCCGUGCGGCCCCUACCACCAGUCCCUGCGCACCGGGCUCUACCGGGAGCAUGUGGACCGGCUGCUGGAGUCCGGCCAUGCGUACCGGUGCUUCUGCACGCCGGAGCGCCUGGACCAGAUGCGCGCCUGGGCCCAGGCGGCCGCCGCCAAGCAGGGCUCCUCCCAGGCCGGGCUUUCGUACGACCGGCACUGCCUGUCCCUGUCGCCGGAGGAGUCCCGGCGUCGGGCGCAGGCCGGCGAGGCGCACACCGUGCGCCUGGCGGUCCCCCCGGGUAAGACAGUCAUCAACGACCUGGUGUAUGGGCGCAUCGAGAUCGACCAUGCCCAGGUCGACGACCAGAUCCUCCUGAAGAGCGACGCCUACCCCACGUAUCACCUGGCCAAUGUGGUGGACGACCACCACAUGGGCAUCACGCAUGUCCUGCGCGGCGAGGAAUGGCUCUCCUCCACGCCGAAGCACAUCCUCCUGUACCACGCCUUCGGGUGGACCCCCCCGCGCUUCGCGCAUCUCCCGCUGCUGCUGGACGAGCACCGGGCCAAGCUGUCCAAGCGCCACGCCGCUGGCAAUGUGGCCGCCCUGGAGGCCAACUACCUGCCGGAGGCGGUGGUCAACUUCGUGGCCAUGCUCGGCUGGACUCCCCCCCGCAGCGACGCCGACCCGGAGCAGCACACCCGGGAGGUGUUCUCCCUGGAGGAGCUGGUGCAGAUCUUCGAUGUGCGUGACAUCAACCGCGGCUCGGCGGUCGUGUCGGUGGAGAAGCUCAACUGGUUCAACCGCCAGCACAUCCUCCGGCUGGCGGCCACGCCGGAGGGGCUCCGGCGCCUGGCCGACAUCGUGCUCGACCAUCUGGCCGGGGCGGCGCUCGAUGGCCCGGCCGAUGCGGCCGCCACCACCGCCGAGCACUGGACCCGCCCCAUCCCCGAGGCCCCGGGGGCCGCCGUCGACCGGGAGUAUGUCCUCCGCGUGGUGGCGGCCAUCGUCACCGACCGCAUCGCCCUCCUUGGAGAUGUGUCCUCCACGUAUCGGUACUUCUUCCGCGAGGCGUCGCCCGAGCAGGUGGCCGCCAUCCGGGCGACCCUGGCCCCGGCCGUGGCCGCCACCAUCCGCCACGCCGUCCUCCCGGAGCUGGCCCGGCUGCCGGACUUCGCCGACGAGAAGGCCCUGUCCGCGUGCCUGAAGGCCCGGCUGCCGGCCGACGAUCCCCGGCUGCCGGCCGGCGCCGGGCCCCUCAAGCAGAAGGACCUCCUGCAGGGCCUGCGCAGCCUGCUCACCGGGUCGCCAGCCGGCGCGCCCAUCGCCACGGUCAUGGCCGUCCUCGGGAAGCAGGUCGCCGAGCGGCGCCUCGCCGAGUGCUAGACCGUUGGCACCUGCCCCACCAAUAGAGUCCCGCCCAUGGGCGGGCGGGUGUCGAUCCCG